CUUUAUUUCUGUCAAAACCACAACCCUAACCUCAAAAUCCAUCAAAACAAGAUCCAAAAUUCUCGUCAACUCGUCCUGGACACAAUGUACAGCUGAUAAGGGAGUGUAUGCAGAUCUUAUGGAUUGCACUGUCAAGUAUUCAUGGCAGAACUUGAUGAAAGCUUAUAACAUAAAAUAAAAAAUAAACAAUGGACAUUCCUGAGGAUGAAAUUCUCGACGAAUUAAAUUCAACUCUAACCGAGGAGUCUCAACUGUCGGAAAUCUCCCCAGAGAAACCGGAAACCACCUCCGAAGAUGCAGAGCGAGUGCUGCAUCAUCGGGAAUUGCGGAGAAAGCUUAAAUCGACGGAGGAGAAGAUAGAUAAAUAUAUGCUGAGUAUUUCAGAGAUUUCCAGGAAAUCUUGGGAGGUGAAUCUCGGGGCGCUCAAUGAGAAAUUAACGAGUGAUGACGGUUACUCGCAAAAAACUAUUCACAAUAUUCAGGAAUAUAUCCAGAAAUUGGAGGAACAGUUCAAGGAGUUGGACAAAGCCGAUACCCAAGUGAUGACGAUUACAAGUCGAGUACUCCAAGAAAUCGACGACUCGUACGAUAAUUUGAUAUCGAUAAUUGCCAAAGAGAUAAAUAAAAAACGAGAACUGCUGAAGCUGGAAGCCAAAGUAUUCGAGAGGGAGAGUCUCGUCCCUUUGAAAGCAUGCCGAGAAGAAAUCCACAAACAGAUAUUGUGCACAAAAAAAUCAAUAUCGUCAAUUGAAACUAAUAAAAAUGAACGCAUGAGUCAUGUGGAGCGUCACGAGUUGUUGAGAGCAGAUAGAAAAAUUGGAGGAAUACCAGCAGUGCCUUCCCUGGAGGAGCUCCCCUUCUUGAACUUCAAAUUCCCAUCAAAGCCACAAGUCAAGGAGCUCUUAAAUAAUGUCCACAGCAUGGGAACGAUCUUACGACUGGGUCCAGUGCAGAUAACAGAAAUAGAAGAGAAACCUGGCUCGGUAUUCGUCAAGUGGGGGAUCUCAGAUCCGGAAUAUGCCUUUGAGGAUCACAUUUACAUACUCCAAAAGGCACUCGGAGAGGUCCUCGAUCCCACCUCCGAUGAUUUUAUCACUAUCUACGAGGGGGAUGAAAACUACUGCUUCGUUAAAAAUCUUGAGAUCAAUCGUUCGAUUACUCUAAGAGUUGGGGUUCAAUCGUUAGAGUCUGCGUGGAGCUCUACGAGAAUUACCAAGACAUCAGUACCAAAUUACGGUUGGUCCCUCGAUAAUGAAGAUUAUAUGAUCACGAAUAAUGCAACAGUUGCCGCGAAAAUUAACGAUCAGGCGAGUGCGGUAUUUUCUCGAGACGCUCUCAUCGACGCCAAUCAAAUAAUUGAAUUCAAAUUUCUAGAUGUUCCUGGUCAGGUGUUGAGUGAUGAAGGAAUUGCUCUGGUAUCGGAGCCUGGGGGAAAGGACGAUUUUCUGCGGCGCAGGGGCUCUUUGAUGAUCACAGCACGAGGAAAAAUACUGAUGGAUGGGGAGGAAAAGCUUAUGCAACUUCCUCCAGUCCAUUCUGGUGCGAGAAUAAUAUUUACUAUCACCAGGAGGGAUGAGGAAACUCUACGGGUUAAUAUUGAAUGCUCUGACAAAGCUGUCACUUAUUACUGGAACGUUGAGACUCCACUUUACUUCGCUGCCAGAUUUUUACAAUCGAAGAAGUGGAAUUUGAUGGUUAAAUAGAUUUUUAUAUCGAUGGUUAUGGAUUUGUUGAUCGGAGCUUGAUUGAUUGUUUACGUUGUCAAUGGAAAAUCAAUACGUAUUUUGCUUUUUAUUCAAUUUUAUUUAUUAACAUAUUUUCGGAUCGCUACAAAAUUUUUUUUGUACAUCAGCAUUUUUAUCCGCCUUGAAUUAAUCAUGGGAUUAAUUCUGAGGAACCUAUUUUUUAUAAUAAUUUUUCGGUAUAAAUUUUUCGAUUCCCAAUGUAUUUACAAAAUAUUUAUACAUGAGAACUUUUACUUGACUCCAAUUAGUUUUUAUUAAUCAUAGAUAAUGAUAAUGUUGUAAUUGUUUCGUGUGAAAAGAAUUAAAAAUCGUUGGGUUAAUACAAAAAAGUGGGAUUUA